UCCUGGCACACUUGCAACACUAAUAAAGUCACCCUAAAAGAGGCCUGACUCCACUUUGAACACCAGCCUAGGAGUGUGAAGACACUGGGCACUGGGGCCACCCUAUUGUGGGAGACACACUUGUGCUCUCUGCGCAGCCUCUCUGAGCCCCUCCAGCUCUCAGCCUCCUGGUGUCAUCUGACCAUGUCCCUGGUGGAGGCCAUCAGCCUCUGGAAUGAGGGAGUGCUGGCAGCUGACAAAAAGGACUGGAAGGGGGCCCUGCAGGCCUUCAGCACAGUCCAGGACCCCCACUCUCGAAUUUGCUUCAACAUUGGCUGCAUGCACACAAUCCUGGAAAAUAUGCCAGAUGCUGAAAAGGCCUUCACCAGAAGCAUUAACCGGGACAAGCACUUGGCAGUAGCUUACUUCCAGCGAGGGAUGCUCUACCACAGAAUGGAGAAAUAUGACUUAGCUAUUAAAGAUCUUAAAGAAGCCUUCACUCAGCUUCGUGGGAACCAGCUGAUUGACUACAAGAUCCUGGGGCUGCCGUUCAAGCUGUUUGCCUGUGAGGUGUUGUAUAAUAUUGCUUUCUUGUACGCCAAGAAGGAGGAAUGGAAGAAGGCAGAAGAACAGUUGGCAAUAGCCAUGAAGAUGAAGUCAGAGCCCAGGCAUUCCAAAAUCGACAAGGCCCUGGAAAGCGUCUGGAAACAGAAGCUGUUCGAGCCAGUGGUGAUUCCAAUGGGUAGGCUGUUUCGACCAAAUGAGAAACAAGUGGCCCAGCUGGCCAAGAAGGAUUACCUAGGCAAGGCUAUGGUUGUGGCGUCUGUGGUGGAUCAGGACAGUUUCUCUGGAUUUGCCCCUCUGCAGCCACAGGCAGCUGAGCCUCCACCCAGACCCAAAACCCCAGAGAUCUUCAGGGCUCUGGAAGGCGAGGCGCACCGUGUGCUGUUUGGGUUUGUGCCGGAAACACCGGAGGAGCUCCAGGUCAUGCCAGGGAACAUCGUCUUUGUGCUGAAGAAGGGCAAUGACAACUGGGCCACAGUCAUGUUCAAUGGGCAGAAGGGGCUUGUUCCUUGCAACUACCUGGAGCCAGUGGAGCUGCGGAUUCAGCCUCAGCAGCCACCCCAGGAGGAAACCUCCUUGGAGCCUGACAUCCCACCUCCUCCCAGUGCCAACGCCCCCAGAAGACCCCAGCUGUCACCAGGUCAGAAGCAAAAAGAAGAGCUUAAGGAAGUAAGGCUCAAUGUUCCUACCCCCUACACAAUCAAGGUGCACUACAAGUACACGGUGGUCAUGGAGGCUCAGCCGGGGCUCCCCUGCAGCCAGGUCCGGGACAUGGUGUCUAAGAAACUGAAGCUGCUGCCACAACACACUCAGCUGAGCUAUCGGCCUCGGGACAGCAAUAAGUUGGUGCCUCUUUCUGAAGAAAGCAUGAAGGAUGCCUGGAGUCAAGUGAAGAACUACUGUCUGACUCUCUGGUGUGAGAACACAGUGGGUGAACAAGGCUUUACACAGGAGCCCAUGGAAGGUGAAAAAUCUGAUCCUAACAACCAGACAAUAGGAGCUCAGCUUAAGGAAGGGAGCCAAGUGGUGGCACUCUUCAGGUAUGAGGCUACUCAACCAGAGGAUCUGGAGUUCCUUGAAGGAGAUGUAAUCCUGGUGCUGUCUCAAGUGAAUGAGGAAUGGCUGGAAGGAGAGUGCAAAGGGAAAGUUGGCAUCUUCCCUAAAGCUUUUGUUGAAGAAUGGACUGCUGUGGAUUUGGAAAGUACUCCCAGAAGAGCCUAGGAUGGUUCUGGCUACAAAGGAGAAAAGGAGGCUCUAUUAUUGGUUUGAAAGACUUACUAUUACUGUACUUCUGCUGUAAGCACACAGACAUUAGUUUGGAGAAAUGUUAAUCUAAUUUUUCUUUGUUAAAUUUAACCUGUUAUAUAUAACAUGAGAACUUAGUCAAGAUCUGCCAGGGCAGGAAGAGGGAGGUGAAUUGUCUGGGACAUGAUGGAGGCUUCUAGGGUGUUAAUUAUGUUUUGCUCUAAAUGCUGCAUACCUAGAUAUGUUCAAUUUGUGAAAAUUCACUGGGCUGCACAUUUCUAAUUGUUGCACCUCUCUGUAUGGGCAAAACUUUAAUAAAACACUUAAGAGAUCCAA